AUGUCAAAAUGUAAAGUAACCGAUGAAAACAAGUUACUUGAAGAAAUGUUCCCGUUCGGUCACGAUAUGAUUAAUAUUAAAAAUGGUCAAAUAUGCUUGGACAGUAUAGAAAGGAACAAGAGGAUUCUUCUCUGUGAUUUAAAGAAGAAUUUAACUGAAGAAGAAAUCGCAAAGUUAAAUUGUUUCUCCAUGAAAGACGUUGAUAUUGACAGUCCCAAUUAUGUCAAUGAGAAAGUUAUGAAUGUCGGUUUUGACAAGAAAGAAAAUUACGUGGCAAGGAUAAAUAAUUGGACGGAUUUGAAGGAAUGUAAGCCUUAUUACUUGGACGGUAAAGGACUGGGUAAAGAAUUUGAUUUUGAUUACCAACCCGAUUUGGAAGGACACCCUGGGCCUAGUCCGAGUGUCAUUUUGCAGGCUUUGACAAUGUCAAAUGCAAACGAUGGUAUAAAUCUGGAAAGGCUGGAGACCAUCGGGGACAGCUUCUUGAAGUUCGCUAUUACGGCUUAUUUGUACUGCGCGCAUCCCACUGUACAUGAGGGGAAGUUGAGCCACAUGAGGAGUAAGCAGGUAUCGAACCUAAACCUCUACCGUCUUGGGCGUAAUAAACGCCUCGGCGCGCGAAUGAUUGCAUCGAAGUUCGAACCGCAUGACAACUGGCUCCCGCCGUGCCACAAACCUCCCUCCACGUUACACCCCAGACAAGCUACCGACACUCAGGAGCAUUCAGGACCUCCAGAAGGACCCAUGGACGGCAGUGGAUGCUUCAUACCUUACAACCUGAUCACUCAGCACAGUAUACCUGACAAAUCCAUAGCAGACUGCGUCGAAGCCCUGAUAGGGGCAUACCUCCUGGAGUGCGGCCCUCGCGGCGCCCUCCUCUUCAUGUCAUGGUUGGGCAUUCGCGUUCUGCCCAGGCACUCGGUGCCGCUCGCACCGGACCACCCCUACGUCCAAACUGUUCUCCGCCAAGACCAGAGCAAGCAGAAACCCCAGCCCCCACCGUCACCGAAGCGCAAAUCGGAAGUCUCCGACACAGAUUCCAACUGUUCGUCUGAAGAUGAAGACGACCCGUGGAAGCAGCAGCAGGAUCUGGUGCCUGACCACGAUUGGAGCUGGAGAGGCAGACCUGUAGGCUCCCUAAGGCCUUACAGAGAUGAGCAGGGAAACUGGAUGCAGCCUAUCUUCGGUGAAUUGAAAGCGCCGCCAUCCCCCCUUUUGCGAUACAUCGACGAUCCGGAGGGCGAACUAGAUCGAAUGUUGUCAGGAUACGAUGACCUGGAAAGGACGCUCCAGUACCGAUUCAAGGAUCGGUCGUUGCUUCUGCAAGCUCUAACUCACGCUUCGCACCAGCAGAACAGGUUAACAGACUGCUACCAGCGGCUGGAGUUUCUCGGAGACGCCAUAUUGGACUAUUUGAUAACUCGUCACCUCUACGAGGACCCUCGGCGUCACUCUCCGGGCGCCCUCACAGACCUCCGGUCGGCGCUGGUGAACAACACCAUAUUCGCCACGCUCGCUGCCAGACACGGGUUCCACAAAUAUUUCCGACACAUGUCGCCCGGUCUUAACGAAGUAUUAACUAAAUACAUUAAGAUUCAAGAAGAGAACGGCCAUUCUAUAAGCGAGGAGCACUAUUUAAUACAAGAGGACGAAAUGGAACAAGCUGAAGACGUGGAAGUUCCAAAGGCCUUAGGAGACCUCUUCGAAUCAGUGGCUGGGGCGAUUUUCCUAGACUCGGGAAUGUCCCUUGGAGCAGUGUGGAGGUCUUACGUGAAUUUGAUGGGAGCUGAACUCGAAGCCUUUAGUGCAGCUGCACCGAAGUCACCGGUCAGGGAGUUGUUGGAGGCAGAACCGGAUACUGCUAAGUUUGGCAAACCUGAGCGUCUAGCCGACGGAAGGCGUGUGCGCGUCUGCGUGGAAGUAUUCGGAAGAGGAACCUUCAAGGGCGUAGGUCGAAACUACAGAAUCGCCAAGGGCACUGCAGCUCGUUGCGCGCUCAGACAUUUGAGGGCAACUAAACAACGAUAGAACCAAUUGUAUUUUAUAUUAUUAUGCAACAAGUGUAUAACCAGAAAUAGAGACGAAAUAAGGGCCAUUCAUGCCUGGCAACUCA